AUGGCUCAAUGGCGUCUUGAACGCGAGAACGAUGGUGUAGCAGACGAGGUUGAAGAGUCCGUUUUCACUGGUCUUAAACAGGCCUUUUCUGACCCGAAAGUGCCACUACUGGUCUUCAUACAAACUUGUGCCGUUGUUUCUAUGAGUUUUACUUACUUCUUCCCAUCCAUUGUCAAGACGCUCGGAUUCCCACGUGUUCAAACCUUGCUGCUUACUGCGCCUCCUUAUUUCCUGGCCUUUUUCUUUUCGAUCCUCAACUCGUGGCACUCAGGACGCACAGGUGAACAUUGCUUCCACAUCGUCACUGCGUGUGUGAUAUCUGCCGUUGGGCAAAUCAUUUCCAUGUCAACGCAUCAAACUGGCCCUCGAUAUUUCGCCAUGUUUCUGCAAGCUAUGGGUUCGUUUUCAGCUUUCCAGCUCAUCUUGCCCUGGGUCUCUGCCACUGUUGCGCGCCCAAAGGCAAAGAGAGCUGUGGCACUUGCCUUGGCUACAGCUGUAUCUAAUGCAACAAACAUUGCCACUGCAUACCUUUACCCUGAGUGGAGUGCACCGUAA